AUGCCUUUCCGCCCCCGGUAUUCGUUCCUCAAACUGGACUCGUCGACAUUGAGCGAUGCCAUCCAGACCGACCAUGUGGAAGACCUUUAUGGAAUGUGGAGCUUACUCGCAAAAGCGUCAAAUACCAUUGAGAACGGCAAGCGUCUGGAGAAUUUGAGUUGGAGAUUGUUCAGUCGCGAAACAUUCUGCUGCAAGAAGGUGCGCACGGCUGCAUCAGAGACCAUGUCGUCGUCGGAAAGCUCGAACGAAGUGGCGGACGACGACGCCUCAUCACUGCCGGCCCUCAGCUCCAGUUGUGGAUCUUUCUCGUCGCAGGAAUCGGGACCUCCAAAGAGCUCUCCGCCCGAGCUGAAAUGUGCCAGCACAUGCGGCCAGCGACACGAAAAGCACAUCACUCCUCGUGAGAUGCAGAAAAUUAUACAGACCAUUGAGGACACGCAGGAGAUCGAGCCGAUCGAACUGCCGACGCCCUCGCCGAGCCAGAAGACGGGACAGACAUCUUCAAUGUCGGCGUCACAAGACUUCCCAACACUUCACCUGAGCACCCCAACUACCACCGAACCAUCGCACGACACCACACCUCAGCCUUCCUCCGUCAGCGCAUCACGAGCCAACCUCCUCGAAUCGUCUUCGUCGACAGUCGACACGCAAGAUGACCACACCUCGCAAACCGUCGGUUCAGAAGGUAGUUCCAACACCGAGAUGAGUACGCACAGCAUCGUCCGUGGAUUUGUUCCGGGUGGUGCGCCAUCCUCCUACCGCUCACAAACGAGCCUCGCCCCUCAACCAACGCCUAUCCUCAGAACAUCACCCACCUAUCAACCAUCGAAACCGAAGAAGAAGAAGGAUCCUGUCUUUACCAUUGGAACUUCCUCCGGUGAAGAUGAAAGCUCGUUCGAGAGUCACAUGUACAAGAGCUCGUUGUCGGAGAGCUUCAAGCGCGGCAGCAACGUUAGCAGCGCCAGCAGCAAGAAGCAGACCUCGUUCAAAGAUGAGGUCUCGGUGGGCAGGGCAGCCGAACACAGCCCAGUCUUUGAAGAGUCGGAUGAUGAGGAUGAGGAGGUCUCGGAGAGCGCGAUUGAAGAUGACGACGAUUCAUCGGACUGGGAGGACUCUGACGACCAUAGUGGGCCGUCUUCCGUGAACGAGAGCCAAUUCUUCCAGCGCGUCGAUUCGAGACCGAACCUCGUCUCGCGCCGCUCUCUUCUCACCACCCAGCUCCACGAACCGGAUCGCGCCAGAGCGCUUGCCAACGCCGCGUCGCGCUCAACACCCGCAAUUCGCCAAACUUCGCGACGAAGCACACCGAACGGUCCUUCGGUCGCCACCUCACCUGAGCCAACUGCGCAACUACAUAUGCCACCGCAAGAUGCUGCGACACAGGCCAGGCCUAUCAUCAUGACCACCUCCAACAUGCACCAAUCCGCACUCUCGCUCUCACCACGUACUACCCGGCGCAACAUGCUCUCCACCGAAUUGACCGAGUCUUUGCGGAAGAAUCUUCUCUGGGAGCGGCAGCAUAGGAGCACAGGCAACCUGGCGGCGAUGAAGAGACGGCAACCUGCGAACGAGGGUCGGCUUAAGCAGCGCCCUGAGCCAGGUCCUGUUCUCUCCCAACAGGAGAAUCCUAAGAAGUUCAGCAACGACUUCUUCAACGCCGGUCUCCAGGAGUAUCACGCCAAAGGGUGGUGA